AUGCGUGCGAUCCGCUCCACCCUCCUAACCUGCGAUGCCGCUCUCAAACAUCUCCUCCUCUCCCUUGAAGAGUCUCGCCCCAACAACGCUCGCUUCGUCAUAGAAGACCUCGACGAGACUCACCUCCCCGUCGACUCGAGCAUGGUUGACGAGAUCCGCGCGCUCUUGCAGGAAGAGCUGGACAAGAACAGCUGGACUUUGGAUAGCGUGUAG